AUGAAGCUAGGCUGCAGGCAGCAGCUCAUGGUGGCUUGUUGCCUCAAGCUGUCGUCUCCCAACAGCACAACCAAUUUCAACAAGACCAAUCUGCACCAUUUCAUUACUACAACAUCCCUCCUCAAGCUUCACAUAAGAACAUUUUUUCCAUCAAUGGAUCCUCAAGGGGCAUGGCGGAAAGGAUUCCGGUUCAGAGUGGCAGCAACAGGAGCAGCAUUAUGUUGA